GUUCGUUGAAUCCAUGGAUGCUGAUCCCAUGAAUACGGAAGGCAGACUGUGCAAGUCUGUCAAAAACCAAAGUUCUGGCUGGCUAAUUGGUCACUAUGAUUUGUAGUAUAGGUGCUAUUACUUCUAAUUCUAGAUUAACUGUAAGAGUAAAUGGGUCCAGUAAUUGGAAUGACUCCAGAUAAGAGAGCUGAAACCCCAGGAGCUGAAAAGAUUGCAGGAUUAAGCCAGAUUUACAAAAUGGGAAGCUUGCCUGAAGCUGUUGAUGCUGCCAGGCCAAAGGCCACUCUAGUGGACAGUGAGUCAGCAGAUGAUGAACUCACAAACUUGAACUGGCUUCAUGAAAGUACUAAUCUUCUAACAAACUUCAGCCUCGGAAGUGAGGGCCUUCCAAUUGUUAGUCCAUUGUAUGACAUAGAGGGAGAUGAUGUGCCAUCCUUUGGACCAUCUUGCUACCAGAACCCAGAAAAAAAAUCAGCAACUUCAAAGCCCCCAUACUCAUUUAGUCUUCUGAUUUAUAUGGCUAUUGAACACUCUCCAAAUAAAUGUUUGCCUGUCAAAGAAAUUUAUACCUGGAUUCUGGACCGUUUCCCAUAUUUUGCUACUGCGCCAACAGGUUGGAAGAAUUCUGUUCGACAUAAUCUGUCCCUGAAUAAAUGUUUUCAGAAAGUGGAAAGAAGCCAUGGCAAGGUCAGUGUUUUAUGA